AUGUCGUCGUGGAAUAAGACAAGUAAAGUGGGUCAGCGUCCACAUCGAGAGCGGUCACAACCCGAAAAUCGGCAGCAUCUUGGAUUAUUAGAAAAGAAGAAAGAUUAUAAAAAACGUGCAGUUGAUUUCCAAACAAAACAAAAUGUAAUAAAAGAAUUGAAACGUAAAACAUUAGAUAAAAAUCCAGAAGAAUAUUAUUUUAAUAUGAUUAAUACACGAUUGAAGAAUGGCGUACAUAGUUUGAAAAAGAAAUAUAAACAUUAUGACGAUGAUCAAUUAAAAUUAAUGCAAUCACAAGAUUUACGUUAUAUCAAAUAUAAACAUCAAAUUGAACGAAAAAAAAUAGAAAAACUACAAACGACAACACAUUUAAUUGACGAAAGUUAUCGGCAACCAAAGUCACACAUAUUUUUUGUUGAUUCAGAACGAGAAUUGAAGAAAUUCGAUCCUGUCAAACAAUUAAAAACACAUCCAUUACUAAUCAAUCAAAUAUCAAAUCGUUUAACGUUAGAUCAAUUGAAAACAAUGAGUGAUCUAAGUGAAAAUAUUGACGAAAAGGAACUAAAUAAAUCACGAAAAUCGCGAAAGAAAAAGUAUGUUGAAUUACAAAAACGUCUUGAACGUGAGAAAAAAUUACGACAAGUUGAAACAACUAUGGAAGAGAAAAUCGUAUUAAAAAAUAAAAAAGAAGAUGACGAUGAUUUGUUCUCCGGUGACGAUGAAGAUAAAGCGGAGAAAAAAGCGAAAAAACAAAGCAAAAUUAUUAUUCCUAGGAAAAAGUAG